AUGCAAGGUCAAGGAACAAGCAGAUUAUGUCAGGGUGCUCCAGGAACUCCAGGACGAGACGGUAUUUAUCUUUUUAAAAAACGAUCUCUAGAACAGUAGAAGUCAUAAAUCAUAAUGUAAUUCCAUUACGCGUGCAUUCGUAGUGUGAUGCAGUUGUAGCCUCGAGGUUUGCAUGCAUGGUAAUGCCGUUUUUAUAACGUGACGGUGAUAUUUGUACGCAGUUUAAUUUCUUCCAGCUUUGCUUUUAAGUUUUAAGUUUUAACCUGCACAUUAGAUAGAUAGAUAGAUAGAUAGAUACUUCAUUUCCAGAGGGUAGCACACACACAGUAGUGUGCGUGAAACACUAACAAACUUAUGGCCCUUACUUAAUAAUAGAACUUCCUUUAUAUAAAAUUAGAAAGUUGAAACUCGAUGGAAAGUUAAGUUUUGAUAACUACCAGAAGUAAAAUUGUAAAAUGUAAAAAAAUGAUUAAAUAGUGUUAAAUUUUAAAACAUGCUAUCGUGCCUUUUUUUAUAUAACUUAUAUCAGUUAUAUGCACGGAAAGUACUCAGUCUUGGCUAUAGAAUCUCCUUUUCGUGAUUGAGAUUUUGGGUUUAGAGCCCUUUAUUUCGUUACAGGAAGACACAUUUAUGAAAUCAUACAGUUAUAUUAGAUUAUGUAUAAAAGACGUUUAUAUAAAGCCGAUACCUUAAUAAGGCUGUACUUUCCGGAAGUGUCUGUUCACCAUCUUUCGGAAACUGUACAACAUGACACGUUAAUUGUUUCCUUCAUACAUUGGCAGGUCGUGACGGCCGAGACGCAACGCUAAUGGGUAAGACAACAUUUACAUUGUUUAGUUAGACUUUUAGUAGUUUUUUUUGUAUUUAUUGUACUUGAAUAUCCAAACUACGUAUUGUAUACAAACCUAUUAAGUUAAAGUAGAUCGAUAUUAUGUACAUGCAGUAUUAAGUAAAUUGUAGUAAAUCAGUUGCAAUAUGAAUUAAUGAUUUAAUUGUCGAGACGUUACGUUUUUGUAGACCCUAAGCUAGAGUAGAUAAAUCAAGUAUAUUAAUUAAUUAAUUAAUUAAUUAAUUAAUUAAUUAAUUAAGUAUAGUCUUAGCUUGUUUUCUUGUUAAUUGCUCAAAACUUGAAGAUUGCUUUUUAUGUUAAGGUGGCUCCCUAGGCGUUUCUUUACCUAGGGAGCCACCUUAAGCAACAUCUUUUUCGUAAAUUAUAGGACCACCAGGCAAACCAAAACCUAAUGGAAUUCAAGGGAUAAAGGGAGACGCAGGAGGUGCGACUGGCGGUGCUGUGUACACGCGCUGGGGAAGAAAUGACUGUCCAAAAUCUGGCAAUACAACUGAACUUUAUUCUGGUAAUGUACGCAAAAAUUAAUCACAAAAUCAAGUUGCUUAAUAACGUUUAACACAAGAUAUCUUCACGCAAGAGUAAUCAUUAUAAACAAGUAUAAGUUUAUAAAUACAUUUAGUGUAAGCCGUAGUUGUUUAUCAUGAAAUGCAUGACAAGGACGAAAGAGUAGGAAAUGAGAGGGACUGGGUAUAAUGAGUGAUAAAUAAGAUUUAAAGGAAAAGUGUAAAAAGAGAAUUUAGCAAUUGUUUAACUAAGGCCAUCGCCAUGCAAAUAGCAAGAUAGGAUUUUAAGGCUUUGAUAGUUGAGUGUCUUUCUUCUUUGUUUAUUAAAGGUGUGAUGAGUAGAUCAUACCAUAGUCAUAGUGGGGGUGGAUCAAACUAUCUCUGCCUACCACUCGAUCCAAUAUUCGACAAAAUAUCCCCUGGUCUUCAAGACAAUGCGCAACUGUGCGGUGUGGAGUAUAUGACAAGUGGCCAAAGUAAUAUAUUCUCAAGGAAGGUACAUCACCACAAUGUUCCAUGCGCUGUGUGUCAUACUGAGUCUCGUGGUAGUCAUGUGAUGAUCCCUGCUCGCAAUGUCUGUCCUGCUGGUUGGACGUUGGAAUAUAAAGGUUAUAUAAUGUCAGCGAAUGCCGGUCACAAAGGCCGGACCAAGUUUAUCUGUGUUGAUAAAGAUCCUGGAAGUACUGUUGGAGGCUCUGAGUAUCAAGGUCCUAGCAGUGGCUAUCUAUAUUUCGCUGAAGCAUACUGUGGGUCUUUGCCGUGUGGUCCAUACAUCAAUGGACAUGAGUUGACUUGUGCUGUAUGUACAAAAUGA